AUGUCAAGUGAAAACGUAAAGGCUGAAAGUGAAAAUGUUGGCAAAUACAUUUUAUCACCAGAAAAUCGUAAUAGAACUUUAUUCUUGAAGAAAAAUACUGAUGAAAAAGUCGAGGUGAGUGAUACGACAGGUGGCAUUUCUCCAAUAAUCAAAGUAACCCCAGCAAAGUCUGUAAACAAGACACAAACAACUCCAAAAAAAGGUGAACCUCCUUCAAAAAAUGUUAACAAGGCUGAUGUACCGAAAAAUGGUGUUAAAAAAGAAAAUUCUUUAGGAAAGAAAACAAUAGUGGACGUCACUAACUCUGGGUUGCUUGGACUAUCAGGAAAGUUAAGGGAGAAAAAGCAAGCAGUUCCAACAAAGCUUUUAAAAGGAACAAUAAACACAGACUUGAAAAGCUUUGAUACUCAUAAAAGCACGAAUUCUCCUUCAGUUUUAACAGGAUCAUCAUUAGUAGGUUUGAAGAAUUUACAAAGCUCCGCAAAAAUUACCAACAUGGUAAAAAAGAUAAAUGCUGCAAGGGAAUUGAAUCCAAAUGUAGGGGAUAUAGAUCCAUUAAAGUUUAAGUUUGUAAAAACCGACAAAAAUAAUCUUAGUAAUAGGCCUCACUUGUUUGGCCAUGAACCAGCAACUUAUACCACAAAUCCUCUCAUAAUUGAAGACUUAAUAGACGAAUUGGAAGAGAAAGCUAAGAAUUAUUUUAUUAUGUUUUCAAAAGAGAGGAAAGAGAGGGAAAAGUUGGAAAGGCAAUGCUAUUGGAUGCAAGAGGAAAACAAGACUUUACAAAAUACUUUAAAGAACCAAGUAACUACAAUUCAGGGACUUCAAAACAAAAUUAUUGAUUUAAGAGGAAACCCUAACGUUAUAACUGAGACAAUAGAAAGAAUAGAUAUGCUUUACACUCAGUUAGAUACUUUGAUUCAAGCAUUUGCUGGUAUAUGUAGUUAUAUUACAUUCAAUGAACCAACUGACAGACGUGAAAUUAUUGAACUGGUUUUAGAGUACUUGCAUCCAUGUAGAGGACUUGACUUGAGGUUGAAUUCCUUAUAUGGAUCAAUAUAUUAUUUCAAACUUGGAAUUAUCAAGGAUUUACCUCCUCCUAUUCAACCGCCUGAGAAGAUUCCAGGAUAUGAUGUAUGGCAACCUCCACCACCAAAAGAUGUUGAGACAAAAGAAUCUGAAAACAAAAAACUCCAACCACAUAUGCAGCAAGGCAACUCUUUAUCAAAAGUUGCUGAUCAUUAUAUGAAACAUGAUGCAGGAGAACCAAACGUAAAGACUUCAGCACCAGAAAAAGGUAAUAAAGAUGAAAAUGCUAUACCAAAAAUUUUAACUCCUGUUGCAUCAACCAAACAAUCUGUGGUACCGACAAACUCAUCACAAUUAAGCGGAGAUAUCAAUAUACCAUUAUCAGGAUUUGAGAUCAAGAUUAAGUCAGUAGAAGAAAUCGAUCCAAUAGGAGAUGGUAAGGGUAAAUUAUCAUUUGUGGCUAGAAUAGACAACGAAUCUUUUAUACAAUGUAAGAAUAAUCCAAAGAGAAAAUCUAUGGAAUUUGAAUACAAAAUAAAUCCAACAAACAAUAAAGGAUCUAUUGAAAAUGAGAUAAAUUUGGAAAUAGAUGCAUUACCUCCUAAAUCUACAGGACUAAUACCUAGAUUUACUAUUGAUAUGUGGGAAUCAUCAAUAACUUCUGGCCCAAUAGGGCAUGCCUCGAAAACGUUUAUUGAUCCAUACACAUUACUACCAGAACAGUCAUGGGAUGUAUUGAAAGAAGAUGGAGACAAACCUUUAGCCACUUUGAUCAUUACAGUAAUUCCAAAGCCAGGAAACUCAAUGCUCCCAGCUGGGCGUUUUAUAGUGGCAAAAGAAUUAAAGAAUAAACAAAAUCAACCAGGAAAGAAAGAUAGUAAGCUUUCUAGAUUAAGUUUCAGAGGGGAUAAAGAAAGUAAAGGAUUAGAUAAGAUUAACUCAAUGCUUAGACCUGCAUUGAACAUUGGAAAGAGAAGUAAGAGUACCGGUAAUUUGGACAAAGAUGAAAAGCUUGAAAAAUUAAAGGAGGGCUCAGACUUGACAAAAGCCAUAUUAAGGCCAUUAUCUCUUAAAGAAUCAAGUUCAACUCCUCCUGCCCCUGUUUUAACUAAGGCAGAAUCUCAAGAAAGCUCAAAUGUACCAAAAUCACCACCAAUAAGUGUUAAAGAGCCACCAAAAUCUUCUGCUCCUGAACCUGAUGUUAGUUCUUUGAAGAAAUCCAUGGAUGUUAAUCAACCUCCAAAGGCAGAUUUAAAGUCGUCUUUAAAGGCCCCACCAAGUCCUGAAAAGGUUGAGGAGGUACAACCAAAGAACUCAGAACCUACUGUUAAGGAAAGUGUAUCAAAAUCUGAGCAAGCUGCUGCUCCAAAGUCAGAUUUAAACAAGUCUAACUCACUAAAUAAAUCUGGAGAAUUAGGAAAAUCUCAAGCUAAUUUAAAGUCUGUGGCUCUUAAAAAGAGUGUAUCUGGAGAAAUAAGUGCUAAUAAGUCAGUAUCAGCUUCAAAAGCUGAUGUAAAAUCAUCAAAAUCAGAAGUUCCUAAUUCUGAUGAAGUUAAAGUUCAAAGUCCUGAAGAAGUUAAAGUUCUUUCUCCCAUUAAAAUUGUUCCUAAGAUUGCUCCUAAACCUUCCAUUACUAAAGAGCAACCUCUUACAAACAAUGCUCCUAAGGCCGUUCAGGCCAAUAACUUAACUCCUGGAAAGCCAGGACAAAUUGCUCCUCCACCAAUUAUUAAGAAGAUAGACGUUAAACCAGCUGCAAUUAAACCAAAGAUAGUACCUACAACUCCUACAAUUAAUAUUAAAAAGCCAGGAAGUCCUAUUCAAAUUAAGCCUAAAGGAAUUGAACUUGGAAAGCCUGCAGUAACAAUUACUCCCAAGUUUACAGUAACUCCUCCAAAAUCUGGCUCAGUUAAAUUAGGAAAUACUGCGAAUCAACCAAAAGAAGAUAUCAAAAUUGUAGUAACUAAAGGAGCAGUCAACAUAUCUCCAAAGAUUGUACCAAAGGUCAAGAUCACACCUAAAGCAAAAAUUUAA